CAUCUCACCCCCUAAAAAAACAUAUAAUAACACCGAAAGCAUCAAACGAUCUGCACAGCGCAACGGACAACGGCAGUUUUCCCUAAAACCCCCUCCAGACAAAUAAAUUCGCACUCCUGCCCUUCUUCCUUCUCUCUCUUCCUCCACCUCCUCCUCGAUCCCCAAAUCCCCCAAACCCUAGCUCGCCGGAGCAGUGGAGGGCCUCGCCGCCGUGCUGCCUCUUGGCCCCUCCGUGUGAUGCCACUGAGUGCGCGUGGGUGGGUGUGCGUGUUGUAGCUCUUUCAUGGCGUCGCAGCCUCCCGCCGCCGUGGAGGCUCGUCUCGCGGAUCUCUGCAAGGAGCUGGGAGUGGACGAGGGCGUCGCCGGCGAGGCCGCGGCGGUGCUGGAGGAGGGGAAGGGCGCGCUCCUCGCGUCGCCGUCGUUCGGGAGCAAAUCGCCCGAGGAUGCUGAGAAGCUGUGCUUCGCGUUCGUGCUGUACUGCGUCUCCAAGCUGAAGGAGACCAAGGCGGGUUCCUCCGGCGUUAGGCUCUGGGAGAUCUUGAAGGGUUGCAAGCUCAAGUAUGAUGAUUUCUUCAAGGAAUCACAGCGGCUUGCUUCAAGGAUCGACCAGGUUUUGGGAAGCCGUUAUGGGUCAGAUUGGGAAGCUCGGCUAGAGCUGAAGCAAUUGGAGAAUUUAGUAAAUCUAUUGGCAGAUGCAAGCCGGUUCUAUUGCAAAGCAUUUAAUGAGCUAUUCUUGAGCCCAAGUACUGAUCAGGAGCCUGGAUCAACUACAAAUAUUCCUGAUUAUAUCCGUUUUGGGUGGCUGCUCUUCUUAAUUCUUCGCUCAAAAUCACCCGAACUGUUUAAGGACCUGGUAUCCUGCAUCCAUGGACUAGUUGCCAUAUUGGCCAUACUUUUAAUUCACGUACCUGCUAAAUUUAGGAGCUUCACAAUUGAAGGUUCUUCUCACUUAAUCAAACAAACUGAGAAAGGCGUGGAUCUUCUUCCAUCGUUAUGUCACAACUAUCAUACCUCUGAAGACCGCUUGAAAGAAAUGAUGGGAAAAUCUUACAAAGUGAUAGAGGUCUUUUUUAGCAGGAAAGCAAUAAAUGCUUCAGAGUUCAAAACAGUGAAUUUGGAUAAAAUAGAUACAGAUGGCCUGAUGUAUUUCAAAGAUCUUGUCGAUGAUGAGAUUUUUCAGUCAAAUUUGGAAAAACUGGAGAAGCUAAGUAGUACCACCGGCUGCCAAGGGGAGCUUGAUUUGGAAAUGUUUUUGACCAGCAAUGACUAUGUACUCAAUGCUGAAAACUCUUCUGGUAGUUCCGCUAAUUUUGGCUGCUCAAAGCGUGUGUUUGAAACACUAGCCUCUCCUACAAAGACAAUAAAGAAUAUGUUGGCUGCCCCUAGUUCCCCUUCAUCACCUGCCAAUGGGGGCUCAAUCAAGAUUGUGCAGAUGACACCAGUUACUUCUGCCAUGACAACUGCUAAGUGGCUACGUGAUGUGAUAUCUUCAUUGCCCGAUAAACCUUCCUCUAAGCUUGAAGAGUUCCUUUCGUCCUGCGAUACGGAUUUGACAAGUGAUGUAGUAAAAAGGGUCAGCAUAAUUUUGGAAGCUAUUUUUCCAACCAAGUCUAUAGAUCGGGGUACUUCCAUAGGCCUCAAUUGUGCAAACGCAUUUGAUAUUCCAUGGGCAGAAGCAAGAAAAAUGGAGGCUUCCAAGUUGUAUUAUAGGGUGCUGGAGGCAAUCUGCAGAGCAGAGUCACAGAACAAUAAUGUAAAUAAUUUAACCCCAUUGUUGUCAAAUGAACGUUUUCAUCGAUGCUUGAUUGCAUGUUCAGCUGAGCUAGUAUUGGCAACACAUAAGACAGUCAUCAUGAUGUUUCCUGCUGUCCUGGAGAGUACUGGUUUAACUGCAUUUGAUUUGAGCAAAAUAAUUGAGAACUUUGUGAGACAUGAAGAAACCCUUCCAAGAGAAUUGAAAAGGCAUUUAAAUUCAUUAGAAGAACAGCUAUUGGAAAGCAUGUCAUGGGAGAAAGGUUCAUCGUUAUAUAAUUCACUGGUUGUUGCCAGGCCAUCACUUUCUACAGAAAUAAACAGCCUUGGUCUUUUGGCUGAACCAAUGCCAUCUCUUGAUGGCAUAGUAGCACGGCAGAGUAUUCACCCUGAUGGCUUGCCACCUACUCCCUCAAAAAGAUGGCCUUCUGCUGGCCCAGAUGGCAACUGUUAUCCUCAAUCACCAAAGAGAUUAUGCACCGAAUCUAGGAACUCAUUGGUAGAGCGCAAUUCGCAGACACCACCCCCAAAGCAAAGCCAAACAGGGUUAAGUAUUUUGAAAGCAAAAUACCAUCCUCUCCAGGCAACAUUCGCAAGCCCCACUGUCAGUAAUCCUGUUAGUGGGAAUGAAAAAUGUGCUGUAGUAGGGGUCCAGAUCUUCUUUUCCAAAAUCUUGAAGUUGGCUGCUAUUAGAAUAAGAAACCUAUGUGAAAGGCUACGACAUGAAGAGCUGACUGUGAGCGUCUAUAAUAUCUUUAAGCAGAUUCUUGACCAACAGACAGCUUUAUUUUUCAACAGACACGUUGACCAAAUCAUUCUUUGCUGCCUCUAUGGUGUUGCCAAGGUUUCUCAAUUAUCAUUGACGUUCAAGGAGAUCGUCAACAAUUAUAAGAGGGAGCCACAAUGUAAACCAGAAGUUUUCAGAAGUAUCUUUGUUGGGAGUACAAAUCGCAAUGGUGGAUUUGGAUCACGUCAUGUUGAUAUCAUUGUUUUUUAUAAUCAAGUAUUUGUUCCCACGGUCAAACCUUUGCUGGUGGCUCUAAUGCCUUCUAGUACUCGUCCUGAAGACAAGAGGAACACUAAUAGCCAAAUUCCUGGAUCACCCAAGUCAUCUCCUUUCUCAAAUUUACCAGAUAUGUCCCCGAAGAAAGUCUCAUCUUCUCAUAAUGUGUAUGUCUCUCCUCUACGACAAACUAAGAUGGAUGCAUUGCUUUCACCAAGUUCACGGAGUUUCUACGCGUGCAUCGGUGAAAGCACUCAAGCUUUUCAGAGCCCAUCCAAGGAUCUGGCUGCUAUAAAUAGCCGCCUAAAUUACCCUACCAGGAGAAUCAACACACGAAUAAACUUCGACAUGGUGAGUGACUCGGUGGUGGCUGGUAGUCUGGGCCAACCCAAUGGUGGUUCUGCCUCUUCGGAUCCUGCUGCUGCAUUUAGCCCCCUCUCAAAGAAGAGCAAAACGGACUCUUGAUCCAAAUAAAUGGGUCCAUCCAUCUGUAUAGAGCUCAUAAUCCCACAGAUUGUUUCUUUGGUUCUUCUGAAUAAGUGGGUGAAGCAAAGUGCUUCUCGACUGUAAAUGUUGUGCUAGUGUUGUAAUAGGCUGUAGCAGUGUAAAAGGCGGCUGAUUGUCUAGAAUUAACUAAUGGGGUGUAUCAUUUCAUUCCCCAGCCGAUUCAUUAGGAGCGAAGGCUAUGUAAAAUGCUACUUCUUUUUCAGUGUGUAAAUAAAUUCUGCUAAUAUCCCUUCAUUCAGCUUUGGCAAUUAGGCAA